UUGCUUCCUUUCUUCUCCACCCACCAAAACUUUCCUUUCUCUCCACCUUUUCGUAAAUAAAUUGUACAACAACGAAGACAAAAUCUGAAGAAAAACAAAGUAACAAUUUAUAAUAAUAAUAAUAAUUAUUAUAAUUAGAAAAAGCAAAACCUCAUCGGCUUCUCUCUUUCAACCGUCCACGCAAUUCACACACACCAAACGAACGAAACUUUCACAGCAACAAGAAGACAAAAAGGAGGAUAAAAGGGAAAUAAAAGAAUUUGGGGAAGUUUUUGAAAUUGGAAACAGGGUUUGAUUUCUCUUUUGGGUUUGCGAUUUUUUUUGAGGGGUUUGAUUUUCCCAUGGCGAAGAAGAGGAAAUCAGACGCCACGCGCCUUGAUGAAGUUGACCGUACCAUGUACACCACCUUCUGCAGCGCCGCCAACUCGCUCUCUCAGCUCUACUCGCAGGCGAUGAACCAUCAGCGCCUCAGCUUUCAGACCGGCGAGCGCCACGCGCUGGAGAAACUUUAUCAGUGGAUUCUGAGGCAGCAAGAAGAAGGAUCAAGAGUAACAACUGUUGAUAUAGUUGCUUAUUUGCAGAAUGAGCUUGAAUAUGGAGUAGAGGAGCCUCCGGUGUCCCCCAGGUUGCCUAUUCAGCACCAACAUCCUCAAACUGCAUUAAAUAAUUUAGGAGUUCCCAAUGCUUCGAUUCCAUGCGUGCCAGCAGCAGUGGGGCCUGGAGUCCGUCCUGGACUACCAGAUCAAGCGAAAAACUCUGUUUUCUCAAAUGCUCUCUCCAGCCCCGUUCGUCGCAGCCUUCAGCACUAUCACUUGUCACAUGGUCCUCGGAAUACUGAUGCCAACAAUGUUCAUCAGCAGAACAGGGAUGCCAAUUCUCCCAGUUCUGAAUCCAUGGAUAUCCCUGCAGAUAGUCCAGGCCAUGACUUUCCAUAUUGAAAUUUAUGUGUGGUUUUUUUACAUUAUUUGUUUUUUGUUGUUUAAAGGUAUGUGUGGUGCUUAGAUGCCUUGAAAAUUCACUGAAAAUGUAGUGUGCAAGUUCCAUUUUAUGUACUACUAAUAUCAUAUUUCUCUA